AAAAAAGAGGGCAGAGUCAAACACAUACCUCUUCCGCAAUACAAGGUCGAAGAAAUCUCUACACUAAUGCAGCAUAAAGUCGCCAGAUCCACCCUAUUGUAAGCUUGUGUUGCCAUUGAAUAUUCGAAUCUUAUGAUAAUUCCGUUUUCUAUGUUUCGUAAAGGAAUCGAUCGAUUGACUYUCAACAUCUAUCGGACAACACACAAAACACGACUCAAAUAUCUUCCUUCGCUUGACAUUCCCCUUCGAUCAUUCCUCCAUCUAUCACGAAGCAGUAGAGACGCCCACUAAUCAUUUGUUUUAAGCCAUGCCGGUCGGAGUAUCUUUGCCAAGAAGCAUGGAGAGCAUGCAAAAAUCCAACGUUGCCCCUACGCUGAGUUAUAACAGUGUCUAUAAACCCCUGAAAGCUCCGAAGGGGAAACGAUGGGACUUUGAUCCAGUGAAUAAGGAAUGGAGCUUGGUUACCGACGAGCCGAAAAAAGCUGCCCCGGUAGCUGUCAAUGCUAGGAUUGUUGUGGGAGACGAAACCAUUCUGGAACACCACAAGGCACCCACCGAUACGUUUCAGGGCCUCUGCGUCAAGUACAAUGUCACKCCAUCGGAACUCCGGAGGGCGAACGGGACCCUCACCGGAGACARCCUGAGCCUCGGGGUCRAUCCGCUGAAGAUUCAGGUGCCAACKGCUACGGUCGUCGAGGGUGCAAAGGGCCUCUCACAGACCGAAGUCGUUGGSGUCCUUCUCCGGGAAUGCCCCAAGAUGUCCCGUAGCGAAGCGAGAGCCUAUCUGAUGCUCAACGACUGGGACCUGAACCUGGCAAUCGAGAACGCCCGCGAGGACGGMUUUUAAUCACUGGCAAGAAUUCAUUGUACCGCACCCUUUGACACGGGUGCAAAUGAAUGUAGGUUGUUACUAUUAUAAUUCUCUGGGARAACAGAGCCAUACAUUGUGAUAUUCUGCAUGUUUGAAACCAACGAAGAAACGAAAGGAAUACCGAGUAUUCAAUUUUUACUUGGGACAUUUUAUCACAGCAAGCAAGSCAUCGAGAUCAUUCUGUUUUSUCACAAUAAUUCGAUUUCAGGCCGCUCGAUGUUUAAAUUYGAUGUUCACGCAACGAGAAGGGUCCGACCKAAAUGUUUUUAAUACUYCCAAAGCGAUCACAAAAGUACCUCUCGUGGACAACCAAGACAUGAAGAGUAUAUACAAUUAACGCAAACACGAAAUUUUCUGAUUCUAAAUGCCRUGCUCUUUAGGCUGUAAUAGAAUAGUGAAUUUGGUAGCGAAUCCUUUAUASKCGAGGGUGCAAAAGAUAGCAAAAAAUGAAACGAUAACAUCGUCACACAAAUGAUGUUGCGUUCAACCUUCCWGCUUUUUCUUGGAAAGACAGGAGAGUGCCUUCAAUUCAUGACCAUGUUGUAAUGAAUGCAAAUCAUGSCGAUGGUCUUGCAUCUCGUGGCAUUCCGUGCCUUUAGGACGAACAUCCAGCUUCAAAUGCAGUCUGUAUGCAAAAAAUUACUCRUAUGAGAAUCSAUUUUUUKAAUAGUAUGGUUAAUCGCCAACAGAAUCAUUCAUUUACGUACCUUGAAAUCAUAUUGGUGAAACCAACCAUUGGCACCAUACUUAAUUCCCUUCUCRACGGGUAGUGCUAAUUAUAAGAAAACAAAGGGACGGACUUAGAGGGGAGCACGCUACACAACUAGGUUGCAGCAAAGUGGAAAACAUUAUUUUUGUAUCAUACCUUGAUGGUCGGUACGAUCAUCCUUCAGGUCAGGAUGGUCGUUCAAAACGCUUGGCCAGAAGAGUGCGCGUCCGCGCUUUGGCAUGACAGUAAUAUUGAGAUCCGUAAACAUGGUGCCUCCCCCAGCUUCUACAUCAUUCAAAUACAAAUACGACGUCAAAAUUCGAACUCCUUGCUGCCGUCCMAAAUUGUGUGCGAUAUAGUCAUGGUGAUUCUGGAUCAAUGAACGAGAGGAAAACCAAUUUCGUCGAAACCGUGUAAGAAAUACCAAUAKAACACCGUCACCCUUACACUACCAUUGUCGUAUUCUCAUGCUCACCUCGUAAAACUGUCCAGGUUCAUAUCUGCAGGACGAAGACAUACAGAAAAGGUGUUAAUAAUUUUUGCAACAACAACAACUUUUUCCGGGGCAUAUUUUCCCGCAACCCUGAUAUUGAGGUAUGUUUCAGUGCGGUAGUAGUCUGACUCACUGCAGUAGUUGAAGAUAUUCCGAAUUCUUUUCGUCAAUCAUGGUCAAUUCACUGAKGCGAUUGAUAACUUGCAUUGCAAUUGGGUCUUUGUAGCAUUCGUCGACACACCAAGCAUUUGAACUGGUUCUCCCAGUGCUGACCAUAGAGCCAUAUGUGCCAUCUGCUCUCUUCGCACCAACAUCUUCGCUCCUUUCAUAACCCUCUACGGCUCCCAAUUGAAUCAAGCGUUCAGAUUCUUCUUCGCUUAUCACAUCAUCAAGCGUAAUCACCCAUGGGUCCCUCGAUAAAAUGGUCRCAGGAUACUUCGAAGCUAUUGGUUCGGAGACAAGAUGUUCAAACAUUGCAUUCAAAUCACCAGGUUCCCAAGCUGGUUUUGCGUUUGGGUCAAUCGGGCAYCUGUUGUCAAUAUGAAGCAUGUGACAAAGCAUACAAGCUGGGGCACAUUCUUUCUCCAUAUAKYUCUUAUUCUUCUCGCAUUCUCCYGCAACAGCCCUUUUGGUGUCAACGUUGAUAAUACGAUGGUUAAGCCAGACGGGUACAACCCAGCAAAAUUAACUUAGAAAUACCUCAAAACACCUAGGAUUGCUUCGGCGUUGUUUAUGCAUACUAAGCUUAUUUCGACACUUACCAUGUGGUGCAGUGUUCGUGCUUAUUUUUGCAAAUUGCUWCCAAUUCCUGACCAAUGCCUGACUCUUCGAUAUGUUUUCUAGCGGCAAUAAUCCGAGCACUGGAUUGGUCUGCGGAAACAUUGAAACUUUCAUUUUCUAGAAGCUGCUCUUCGCCCAUAUCCUCCGCUAUUUCUAAUUCAUAUGCAGUCCACACCCGAAUGCUUUUCUUCUUUUCUUCGAGAAUCUUUGCUAGCUCCUCCGCCUGGUCAGGGCAUUGMAUGCAACUUCGGCGGCAGUUGAAYAGCAUGUAUCCAGGGUUCUCUUCGCAUUCACCAAUUGYUGCCCACUCAGAACAUUUGGGAUGCUCGUCUUGGCAGYCGCUUUUAUCAGCAUCGUUUAUACUUAGAUUUUYAUCAUCGGUGUUUUCGCAAGUGGCUGGAUCGUCCGCAGUACAAGUUCCACYGGUCGUAGCACUAACUGACUUCGACAGGGAAACACCGAUUACAAAUAGACGUAAAAGUGCUGA